AUGGUUGUCGACGCGGAAAAACGACUUUCAAACGAGGUGCCUGUGGAGGACGGCCGACGAGGUUCUCUCCGAGCAGGCACUGCAGAGGAUAUUCAAGUCAUCACCGAACUGGGUUACAAGCCAGAAUUGAGCCGGAAUCGAUCUAUGUUGACCCUACUUUUUCAAUCGCUUGCCAUUGCUGCCAUCCCCUACGGCGAGGGUGCACCUCUCAUUAGCGCCAUCUAUGGAGGUGGACCUCUCUCGAUAUUCGUGGGAUGGAUUGUUAUCUUGAUACUUGACGAGUGCAUUGCGUUGUCCUUGGGCGAAUUGGCCUCAAAAUACCCCACGUCAGCCGGACCGUACUACUGGUCGUACCAAGUCGCUACGAAGGGAAAGACUGCGCUCUCUUUCCUGACAGGUUGGACAUGGUUGAUUGGCAACUGGACCAUCACACUUUCUGUCAAUUUCGGGUUCGCCUCUCUCAUCGCUGGCACUGUGGCAAUGUACCAUCCAGACUGGGUGGCAAAGGACUGGCAGCUGCUGUUGAUCUUCUACGCCAUGUGUUUAAUAACCCUGGUCAUCUGUUCGACUAUGAACAGAAUAUUGCCCAUGGUGGACACUGUUUGCGCUGGCUGGACAGCUCUUAGCAUCAUUGUCAUCCUGAUCGCGCUCUCGGUGAAGGCGGAUGCAGGUCGACACAGUGCUAGUUAUGCCUUGGGCCACUACGAUCAGUCUUUCUCCGGUUGGGGAGGCUUCACGUUUUUCAUUGGUCUUCUGCCGGCCGCUUACACCUUCUCUGCUAUUGGGAUGAUUUCCGCAAUGGCUGAAGAAUGUUCCAAUCCGGCAGUCAAGGUGCCGAAGGCCAUCAGUCUCUGCGUACCUGUGGGAGGUUUCGCAGGUCUGUUCUUCAUCCUGCCAAUCUGCUUUACCCUGCCACCUUUGGAGGAGAUCAUCGCCUCGCCCUACGGACAAGCGCUGCCGUAUAUCUUCUUCCGCGUUAUGGGAACGCCUGGAGGCGGUCUAGGCCUCAUUUUCCUUGUCUUGGUCAUCACUCUUUUCUGCAGCAUCAGCAUCACGGUCGCCGCAUCACGCUGCACAUGGGCAUUCGCCCGAGAUGAUGCUAUUCCCUUGUCUCGGGUAUGGGCGAAGGUGAAUGACAGACUUGGCGUGCCGUUCAACGCUCUCGUCCUCACCACGGUGGUACAGAUGCUGCUCGGGUUGAUCUAUCUGGGUUCCUCGUCGGCCUUCACGGCCUUCGUGUCGGUAGGAGUGAUCGCAUUGGCGCUUUCAUAUGCGAUUCCAAUUGCGAUCAGCCUCUUGCAUCGCCGACGUGAAGUAUCGACUGCCCGUUGGAAUUGUGGUCCUAUCAUUGGGCCGAUCGUUAAUUGCGUGGCUCUCUGUUGGAUCACGUUCGAGCUGGUCUUGUUCAGCAUGCCUACAGCACUACCUGUGACGGAAGUGACCAUGAAUUAUGCCAGUGUUGUACUGGUUGGAUUCCUCGCGAUCGCAGCGUUCUGGUAUGCAGUCCACGCCCGUAAGGUCUAUACGGGUCCUCCUGAGUCCGAUGGUAUUGCGGCAUGA